UCCUGUGUCCGCGCCCUAGGGAAGACGGCGCUGCUCCACGCCCUGGCCAGCAGCGACGGGGUGCAGAUCCACAACACCGAGAAUAUCCGGCUCUUACUGGAAGGAGGGGCCGACGUCAAGGCUACCACCAAGGACGGGGACACCGUGUUCACGUGCAUCAUCUUCCUGCUGGGGGAGACUGUGGGAGGGGACCAAGAGGAGGCCCAGAUGAUAAACCGCUUUUGCUUCCAAGUGACGCAGCUGCUGCUGGCCCACGGGGCCGACCCGAGUGAAUGCCCAGCCCACGAGUCCCUCACCCACAUCUGCCUCAAGAGCUUUAAGCUGCAUUUCCCUCUGCUGUGCUUCCUGCUGGAGUCCGGGGCUGCCUACAAUUGUUCCCUCCACGGUGCGUCCUGCUGGUCUGGCUUCCACAUCAUUUUCGAGAGGCUGUGUUCCCACCCGGGCUGCGCCGAGGACGAGAGCCAUGUGGAGCUGCUGCGCAAAGCUGAGACCAUCCUGGACCUCAUGGUAACCAACUCCCACAAGCUCCAGCUGCCAGAAAACUUCGACAUCCAUCCCGUGGGCAGCCUGGCUGCAAAGAUCCAGGCCCUUCACUGCUCCCUGAGGCAGCUGGAGAGCUAUCCCCCGCCCCUCAAGCACCUGUGUCGCGUUUACAUCCGGCUCUACCUUCAGCCGUGGCCUGUGGACACCAAGGUCAAAGCCCUGCCUCUGCCCGACAGGCUGAAGUGGUACCUCCUCAGUGAGCAUAGCAGCGCCGUCGAAGACGAGGUCUGAAGGCCCCAGGCGGAAGGGAGCAGGGUCUGGGCAGCUGUCAGCCUGUGGGUGCUGCCUUAGGGCAAGUCCUUUCAUCUGGAAACCUCUGGGUCCUCUGCUGCAUGUUGGCUGGAGAUGGGAGAUAGGACUUGGUGCUUAGUGAGGCGGCAGGCGAGCCUGGCAGCUGCGUCAUUCCAGUGGAGGAGGCGUGUUCAGUCUUCCAGGGAGAUAUUCUCCACACCCCUACCCUCCCCCACAUCUCAACUACAUAGAUUUAGGCCAGGGUUUUUACCCUCUUAAUUUGAGGGGUGCUGGGCAUUUAGAGGGAGGGCCUCUCCAAGCCCAGGUCCUCCCGAGCACAGACCGGCCUGCCCUGCCUGGGAAAAGGACCGAGGCAGAAGCCAGCCAGGGGCCCAGGCAGGCCUUGGGGGUGCGACCCAGCCAGGGCCCCGACCUCUCUUCACUCAAGUUUCUGCCCUUAGGAAAGUGCCCGGGUGGUGGGUGUUGAGGCCAAGCCACCUGUGCCCUGGCAGCGGUUCUGCUUGUGCCAAACCCGGGCCCUUCGGGCACACGCCCUCUAGGGAAUCAAUCAUGAGUGCAUGACGGGACAGGCUUUUCCAAGAGUCUGGUCGUGUGAGGCACCGAUGGAGAAAGCGGCCCCCUGUGAGCCCUCACAGCCCCGAGUGACGCUGGUCACAUGAAUGUGUGGAUGUCCCCGAGGAUCAGCUGGAGUGGCCUGAUGAGAUAUUUAUAUUACAGAAUUAAACUGAGUUUCCUCUCAGUCCUUGUGCGUCAUCUCCCCGUCCCCUCCCCAGUUCUGGGUGAAGGCGCCUCAUGGUGGGCACAAGGAGAUGCGGCCUCUGGGGGAAACAAGUUGGCAAGUAGCAAGACUCUGGGCUCAGUAAAGAAAAGCACCGUCCAGGACUGGCAAGGCCUUUACAGUACAGGAGUCACCCCUUUUAUUUCUGCCUGGAAAUGCCCCCCAAGGAGGAGCCAAAAGGCACAGCCCACAGCUAGGCUUUAGACCUCUCCCCACGCGAGGCUGCCGCUGCGAGCUCGUUAAGGGCACCAGGGCCCCAUCACAAGAUGGAGCUCGGGACAGAGCUUCCCCAGCAGCUGCUCUACACGGCAGGCGGCAGCAGCCCCGGCCUCUGCCCAGCUCCUCCCUGCAGGUACAGUCCUCUACAAGCAAGUUCGGGGUUCUGUCCCCCUUAAGGCAGCGGGGCCUGUGGCUGGGAGGCCAGGAAUCUGCUGCUGGUGGGAAUCACCACUUAAGAGUCCCCCAGAACAUGG